AUGGCAAAGUCUUCGCAUGGGUUGAUAACCCUGUCCGACAUCAGGAACUGGCAUUUGGAGAUUGAUCGGUUUAUUAACCCGUUUGUUCCGGCGCCUAGGUGGCACUUAGUGCCCCGGCCGGUUGCACAUUUCCUGGGAUAUCGAGAUCACGCACCACGGCCACUGGGGAAUGUGGUACUGGCCGUUUGGUCACUAGUGGGAGCCUUUUGCGGUGUGGCCCUGGUGGCUGAAGUGUCGAAGCUUGUCCCAUCGUUCGAGGCUCGAGAUGCACCAACGAUCAUCGGUAGUUUCGGCGCAGCAGCAGUAGUCCAGUUCUGUGCGAUCGAAUCACCCUUUGCACAACCGCGCAAUGCCUUCUUCAGUCAAAUGUGGGCCUGUCUCAUCGGUGUCGGCAUUUCGAAGCUCCUUGCUUUGAAUCCUCAUGUCGAACAGCAUACUGCCCUCGGGGGAGCUCUAGCCUGCGGGCUCACCACAGCCGCCAUGCUCUUAACUGGCACCGUGCACCCGCCGGCGGGUGCAACGGCCGUGCUGGCGGUCACCAACCCUCAGACAGCAGAUCUGGGCUGGUUCCUGUUUCCCGUCAUGAUCUUGGGGAUCACGCUGAUGCAGGCUGCGGCCUUGAUCAUCAACAACAUCCAGCGACGCUAUCCUCUGUACUGGUGGACAUCGCAGCCUCUCUCGCGAAAACAGGCCGUCGAUGAAGAGAAGGACCAUCAUCUGAAGGCCGCCUCGGAUAUGCCCAUUCACUACGAGGACAGUCUGACCGACGUUCCUCGACGGAUAGUGCUUGGGCGGGGUGAUGUUGCAGUGCCAGACGGGGUGUUCCUGUCGAUCGAAGAGAGGGCGGUGCUGGAGAGGAUCAGUGAGAGAAUAUAG